CUUCACUCUACAACCACUCCGCACAACGCGGCUCUGCGAGAGUGUCGACAAAUCGUUGAGUUUUUACAGGCAUAUCGUACAGGUGCGUAUGGGCUGACCGAUGUACGCAAUCCUUCUGGCUGUUCAAAGAAGCUCGAGACAACCCCCUCUUCGUUAAUCGCUUUCUGUCACUCUGCUACAUUGUGCAAUGACUUUAGUCGUCUUCCCUUCCGCAAGAGGAGAUUGAAGGAAUCAGUUCCCUGCAGAAUACCUUGCAUCUGUUAACCGUAAGUGCCCGUGACGAUAGCACAACGACCACUAUAGUGAGGAUACAGUGGAGUGGACGCGCGGCCUGUAUAACUCACAGAGCAACUACGAACCGUCGGUGACGGCGUCUUCACUAUCGUGCCCGCUGAAAGACCAGGAAGCAGUUGUACGGUAAACACGCGCACGAGAGGCCAGACCGUUCGCUAUCUGUACAAUUUUACAGAGGGCAAUCUUACGAGUGUAAACGAGCGAUAUCUUUACAAGAAGUUGUGCGGCUCGUGCACACUCCGAGGUGUUUUGCUACCUGUGCCUGAAAUUUCUGAAGAAAACAGUCAGCGGAGAGGUGCUCACGACCUUGUGCAAGAGUUUGACGCGUGCUCCUCGAUAGCUGAGGCCAAGAAGAGACAGUCCGAAAUGGCCCUGCUUGUAUGAAUGCUGUGUUUCUGAACCCAAUGUGCGCAAGCAACCUGGUCGCGGCGUCGAAGAAUAAAGCUCCUUAUUGGAAGAGCUCUGUUUUCGCGUGCGACGCGCGAGUUCGAGCUCACUUCGAACUGCAGGACGUACAUUUACCUUACCUCUACCAUUGAAAGAAAGGGGCAAGCGGCAACCAUCUGAUCGCCAGAGGCAUGGACCGUGCGGAUACGUCAAGCAAUGCCGCAUCCUUCAGCGGCCCGUCAAUAGCGAGUUGCAGAAGCGAGAAGGUGAAAAUUGGAGAAUACAGUACGGCCCACAUAGAAGUUCGCACAUUGUCUUUAGCAGCGAGGCUGCGCAAGUUCGCGAAAGAGCACCUGUUCCUGCUCUUAACGUUGGCCGGCGUCAUUGCUGGCGUGGUGCUGGGACUGGGUCUGCGCCACGCGAGCCCCAGCGAAUCCACCAUUGUGCUGAUCGGCAUGCCUGGUGAAGUGUUCAUGCGGAGCCUGCGCAUGCUCGUGCUCCCCAUGAUGAUUGCCAGCAUCAUCACAGGCAGCGCCAAUCUGAGCGGCAAGGCGAAGGGCAAGAUGGCUCUGCUCACUUUUUCCAUCUUCAUCAGCACCAGCCUUGUGGGUUCCCUCAUCGGACUGGUGUUUGUGACAACGGUUCAUCCGGGCAAUCCAGACCUCAAGUCGAGCAUCGACGUCGUAGAAGAGAUACGGGGUGAGCCCCAGAUACUGGACACCUUCUUGGAUCUCGUCCGUAACGCAUUUCCGGAAAACCUGGUAGAAGCCUGCGUUGAACAGGGUUACACAUCGUACGAGAGGAAAAAUCUCUCCAUCAGAGGAGAGCCACCGAAAGAGAUCCUUAAAAGGAACUGGUCACGAAGAGCUGGCACCAACUCUUUGGGCCUGAUUGUCUUCUGCGUUGUGUUCGGUGGCGCUCUCGGCACACUCGGACAGCCCGUUGAAAUACUCAAGCAAUUCUUCGCAGCUCUGGACGCAGCCAUCAUGAAAAUCGUCUACAUAGUCAUGUGGAUGACUCCGGUCGGAGUGAUGAGCCUGCUGUGCGCCCGCAUACUGUCGGUGGCGAGCAUCGUAACGCUCUUCCAGCAGAUGGCGCUGCUCGUCGGCACCGUGCUGUCUGGCCUCGCCGUCGAGUUGUUCGUAGUCGAGUGCCUGCUCUACUUCGUCGUAACGCGAAAGAACCCGUUCAAAUUUCUCGGGGAACUGGCGUACGUCGCAGUGUGCGCCUUCGUCACAGCCGCCAGUGCUCCGGUCAUGCCGCUGUCACUGAAAUGCCUGGAAGAGAACUGUGGAAUCGACAGACGCGUCACACGGUUCGUGGUGCCCAUCGGCGUCACCGUGAACAUGAACGGCACGGCGGUGUUCAUUACGGUCAGCAGCAUCUUCAUCGCCCAGCUCAACGGCAUUGUCCUUACGUCGGGAGAUUACUUCGCGAUCGUAAUUUCUGCUACAGCUGUCAGCGUGGCCUCAACGUCCGUGCCAAGCUCGGCGCUGUUUCUUAUGGUGAUGACGCUGUCGGUCAUUGGUGCGCCGGUCAGUGACGUCAGCCUCCUCUUCACCGUCGAGUGGUUGCUUGAUCGCGCACGGACGACAAACAACUGCCUAGGCGACUGCUUCACCUGCGCCUUAGUGGACCACAUCUGUUUCCGGAAAAAGACGUCGGAGCUCAGUGAGGUGGUCAUCGUGCACGACGAAGCGAGCGAGAAGCUGCAGGACUCGGCCUUGUGAAGACCGACGUCGCAACAACACCGUGACCGUGUCGACCCGUCCGAGUUGCGUUUUCUCUACCAGUGAUAGUCGUCACAGUUAUAACGAUAGACUGACGCAUUCUUUUGCCACGUGAGCACUUCCUUGAACUGGUCUUUCGCACAUCGUUCGAACGUUAUGUGAACCACUGUUCCUACCUCUUAGUGUACGCGCUUCAGUUUUCGGAAGCAUAUAGCACCGGAUACACAUGUGCCAAUACAGCAUAAAGCCCCUUUAACUUCAUACAGCAGCGCUCGCAGCAACGUCUUGUGUUCGUUCAACCACAAAGCAACAAAGACAAUUUUGUUAUUUCCUGCUGUUCCUGUUGAAUAAAAGUCUAAUGGUUCCUUAUCUAUUUGCCUAAGAGGACUUGAAGGCGAAAUUUAACUUCUUUUUCUUCUCAGUUGGUAGUAUUGCCCCCCCCCCCCACUCUGAAUGCUUUCAGCACCCAGCGUGGUCUUGCAGUGCACUGCCUCCGGGAUCGGAGGCCUUGGAAGCUUUCAGCACCCAACGUGGUUUUGCAGUGCCUCCGGGAUCGGCCCAUCUUUGACCAAGCUAACUAUGCCAUGUGAUGACGUUUUAUGUGACGUCAUAGUUACUUCAUUAUGACGUCAGAAAUGUUAUCGAUUUGUGACGUCAUAGAAUGCCAUCAUCACAUGAUUUUUUUUUUUUUUUGCAUUGCUCGCGUUGAUGCCGACUGCAACAGCCACUUUUCGCGUUUGAGGAGGCAUCAAAGGCAUUUUAAAAAAAGAGCAACCAUUUGCGUUCUUGUGUGGCUCUAGUACAGCUAACAGCAAAUAUACUGUUACAUCUACAAUAUUCAUUGCCAGAACAAAUAGCCGUCAUCGAAUGGCACUGUGUUUGUUUCGUGUUGGCAGGACAUGUUUUCUGCAAGUGCCCGCCAGCCUUUGAACACCAUUAAGAUAUCUGUAUCGCGCAGUAGUUUGGGCUUCGUGAAUGUGCAGUUUAUUUUUAUACAGUGCAAUAUGCAGUAGCAGACAAAGGCGCAUUUUACACGUUGAAGACGAUUUAUUGUCGGUAAUGAAUGACGAAUUGCAUGGGGUCUCGUAGUGCUUCCAAAUGAACAAACGCGACUUGUUUCACGACUGA